AAAAUCAAGAUCAUGGGCGAACCACAAAGGACAGGGAGUCAAGGGCACUCUCGGAAUAAGUCUGUCACAAAGACUCGGCCACGGUCCUCUACUAAAGGACCUCUCGAUGUCGACGAUGACCCUCUAACAUCUCACCAACCCGCGGCUGUCGCUGCUCACCGAGCAUCAACCCAUCGACCCAGGAUCUCAUCACCACUUCCUCGAUCCUCCACAGGAACCCCUGUAUCUCAACUCGGCGAGGCCAAAGCAAAGGAUUUCUCUUUUCUCCUUCGGCCAGAGAUCUACCACCCCCUCACUCCCCUCAACGUGCCGGUAGCAUUCCGCAACUCGCAGAAGCAGCCCAGUCCAGAGGCGCCUCUCGAAGAGCUCCUCGCCAACGGCCACUUCAGAGCGGCUGCUAUCGCUGCUGUCCAAGAACUGACAGGCUCAGGUGCCAGCGGAGGAAUAGAUCCUACGGAUUCUGCCAAGAUCUUUAGCCUGCUUUACACUCGCCUGGCAUGUCUUACCCUGAUCGAUGCGACACCCUUGGCUGCUCAAGAGGUAAAGGCCUUGGAGGAUCUCAACGACAUCAGAAAGUAUGUCGAUGAGACAACAGGAGAACACCUGGUACCCUGGGAGCUCCGCGUCCUCAAUGUGCGACUUCAGGCUCUUGGCUUCGGUGAUGCUCGACGAGCCGUCAUGAGCUACCACGAUCUCGCCCGAGAAGCUCGCGACCGCAUCGCCAAGGCAGCAGCCCAGCAUGACAACUCGGUCACAGAGCUCUGGAAAGCCCGUCUCGGCGACCUCGGCAUCCAAGUCGCCGGCGCACUAAUCGAGCUGGAGGACCUCACAGGCGCAGCACACCACUUGAGCACCCUGCGGGACCGGGGCGAUGGAAGGAUGACGCUGUCAAAAGCGUUGUUGUGGCUUCACCUUGGAGACGCCGAUAGCGCGAGGGCGUGUGCGCGCCAGGUUUCUGCGAGCGAUGAGAAUGUUGAGAAGCUUAUCACCGCACUAUGUGACAUGGCAGACGCCGAGUAUGAAAGUGCGUUGGAGAAUUGGAGAGAGUUGAAGGAGACCAUGGACGACGAGAUGGUUGGCGUCAACACGGCUGUGUGUCUGUUGUAUCUUGGCAGGAUCCAGGAAGGACGAGAGAUACUCGAGGAGCUGGUUGAAUUGGGGCUGUCAUCACACACUCUCCUGUUCAACUUGUCGACCAUGUACGAGUUAUGUACAGAGAAGCACCGAAACCUCAAGCUGAAGUUGACGGAGAGGGUUGCAGCGAUGGAGGUGUCGUCUGCUGGAUGGGAGAAGACAAACAGCGACUUUAAGCUGUAG